CAUAUCUAAGUCGAUAGCUUAACAUAAAAGGAUCAUUCAAAGAGAAGGAAACCUCAGCCCACGUUCGUGCGCUAACAAGAUCUUAACAAAAACAUUUUUAAACUAACAGACAUCAGUCGUACAUAUCUCGUUGUGGAUAGAAGUACAAAGCCUUGUGGAAAUGGCGUCCCGCUUCACUCCCUUUGGAAUAAGCGAUAUCUUAAAGACGAAUAAGAAAGAUUCUGGUCUGCUGGCAAACGUCGGACUCCUACAUGAUGAAGGCACACAAGGAAAGAGACAAAAAUGUGACAAGACUUGCGGGCAGUCGUCAUCGGAAAACAAUUGCACAAGGAAACAAAGCUCAAUAAAAGGCGACUUGAACGAACAAGUAUCGGACACUGUUGCACAAAAAGAAAGCGAGCAACCACAGUCGCUUAAAAAACGUCGAGUAUUAUUUACGCAAGGUCAAGUUUGCGAGCUGGAGAAGGCAUUUCGUCGUCAACGUUAUUUGUCCGCGCCAGAACGCGAGGAGCUGGCACGAGUUUUACAUAUGACACCAACUCAAAUAAAGAUUUGGUUUCAAAAUCAUCGAUACAAACACAAGAAACAGCAAAAAAACUGCAAAAUGAGCCCUAUGCUUCAACAAGAGACAUACAAUGUAAAUACAUUACAAAGAGCGAACUCCUUCUACAAUCAUUUUAUCUGGUCAAUACCGCCACGAAAUGCGCAUGCGCUCGAUUACAGAUUACACGAUUUUUAUAGCAUGGCACCAUAUUAUCGGUACUAAACGCAGUCUACAUUUGAAUAUGGAAUUCACUUAUAGAUCUCAGGUUGAUAAGAGAGGGCUGCAUUAUACAAUUAUCGUAAAAACUGAUCUUUUCGAUUGGUCUUUAUGAACAAAUCUCAAAUUCGACAAAGCUCAUAGAUGUAAUUAUUUAUAAAAGAAAUUCAAUUAUAUUAAAGGCGAUAAAAUUUAA